AUGACCUCUUCGGGAGAUCGCUACGCCAGAGAUGCGAGUGGGUUCUCGUCUUCGGGCGCGAACAUAACCCAGAGCCAUACAAGGCAAGCGCCGCAACCACAGCGCCAGACUACUGCACCCCAGGAUGCCAUGCUGCACCAACACCUGCCUCAAAACCAGCACUCUGGGACAGCCUACUAUCCCCAUCAGGACCGAUCGUAUCCACAAACAGCUUCAAGUCAAGGCACACUGGGCUAUACCUAUGCUCCAUCAAGUCAGCCAGUCUACCAGGGAAGUCGUAUUACCCAGGGAUCCAACGAUACUUCUGGUGAUCAAUGCCAGGUAAAUUUGCCAGGGGUCCAGCACUCAAUGGAUGACCCUCAACAAAGAACAACCAACUUCGUGAACGGCCAGCAAGUUCGAAUCGAAUCGUCUCCCGACGAAGCCGAACAAAACGGUAUCAGGCGUGGUACCAACACUAUCUCACAAUUUGAAAAUCAGUUCACAAGGACUAUCAACACCAGCACUCCGGCCAGUGAGGCUCAGAGGGAUGAGCGAUAUCCUCAAUGCACUCGCCAGAGUUAUCCUGGCUAUCCCAGAACCCUCGAUUAUCGUGGCCAACAUGACAGCUCCUCACAAGCACGACGGUGA